CGCUGCUAUCGCGACUGCGCCAACUAUCUCUACUCGGCUAACUGCUGAUGUUCGACACUUGGACGAUUUUACAUCAAAUUUCGUGUGUUUUGUGAGUGUCGAAGGCGACCCGACUUUGUACAUAGCUGUAAAAUAUCCAUUCUCUAAUGUCUGAUGAGCCAGUGGUUGAGUCUGCCCCUGAUGCUGCCGGAGGUCUGGCGCCCGGCCAAGCCGGAGAGGAUGGGAUUGUCGGCGGCCCGCGUACGCCACAACAGAUUGCGGCACAGAAGAGAUUACAGCAGACACAGGCACAGGUUGACGAGGUCGUAGAUAUUAUGAAAACAAAUGUUGAAAAAGUAUUGGAGAGAGAUCAGAAACUGUCUGAACUGGAUGAUCGAGCUGAUGCACUGCAGCAGGGAGCUUCACAGUUUGAACAACAGGCUGGAAAACUAAAGAGAAAAUUUUGGCUGCAAAAUUUAAAGAUGAUGAUUAUCAUGGGGGUCAUUGGUUUAGUAAUACUAGCCAUAAUCGUAGCCAAAUUCAUGCCGGAGGAGAAGCAGCAACCGCAGAUGAUGAUGUAUCCCCCGAACAUGCAGAUGCCUCCGCAGAUGCCUCCCCCACAGCCAGCCCCCGCAGCAUCCAACGCAGCUCCUUCGGCUUCUUCUCACCACUAAACACCUGCACAAACACUACGUUACUUCACAUUUUUGUUUAUUUUUUCUGAUGAAUGUACAUUCUCGAUUCAAGCUGUUUCAUUUAGCUUAACCAAAGAGGCAUUGAGGUACUAACUAGUUCGAUGUAAAUUCCACAAAGUAAUUAGACAAGUUUAGUGUUUAAGGGUAUAACAAAUUACGCUACAUUUUUGUCUUAUUUCACCCAUGUGUUAUAGGAAGAACCGAAAUUCCAUUUUAACUGUUAUUAUAAUGUAAAUAAACCGAGAACUACUUUAUCGAGUUUGUAGCAACACAAAUGGAGUAUGAAUUUGCCUGAAGCACUAUGGUAAGGUUAGUUUACCAUCCCGUACUUAAAAUGUAGUAUUUUAUUAUUAUUACAUUUUGUGACUUAUGGCGCUUCUAUUGUAUAUUUUACAAAUGUAUAAUGCCUCAACAAUUAAUUGCUGUUUAGUGUAAUUAUUCCAUUGUAAUAUAGUUAUAAUGUAGAGGAUGUCUAUUGUCAUGAUGUCUAUUGUUUCUAAAUGAAAAUUAAUCUUAAAGUAAUAUUUAAUGCAAAACAAAGUAAACUUUAAGUGCUAAGAAGAUUAUAAAUGUGCUUUUUCCGUGUAAUAUAGUUUUUACAUAUUAUAAAUCAAUUAAUAUGGUGAUUAUUUUUAAUUUUUUAUUCAUAGUGGUGUAAACAAAUAUCAGAACAAAUAUACUAUGUAUGUUGAUAAUUUUAGAAGAGUGUAUAGAUACUUAUUUGUUAUUUAUCAUUGGAUCAUGAUAACAAAAUUGUAUUUAUUU